AUGCGAGGAUGGAGACGAUGGAGCCGAGAUCUCGGUUGUGUCGCGCUGGAAGCUUUCCCACAGAGCAGGAGGAGCGGCGGCGUUGCCGCAUUGUCGCCGCCAGCGUCGGAUCUCCUCGGUGUCCUCAGGCAAGGGCUUCUCCAGGGGAAGCGCUGGAAGGAGAUUGCCGCGGCGUACCAGGGGGCGAUCGACCCGCAAAUCGCCGGCCAGGUACUCAAGAAUGUGUGGGACGUCCGCCUGGCCUGCUGCGUGUUCUUCUGGGCUAGACGAGAGAAGCAGUGUGUUCACACGCUGUGGAGCUACCAGUGUUUCCUGGAGGCGCUGCUUCGAUCCAGGGGAGGCUCGCUCGUCAUCCGGCACUACGUCGAGAUGGUCAAAGCGGGGAUUGGGCACGACGAGUAUGGAUUUUGCCUCGCGCUCGCGGGGAUUUGCGAGACUGGAUCGUGGUUCCAGGCGUUUAAGAAGCUCAAGAACAGGACCAUCUUUGGGAAGCCACUGAGCUCCAGCAUGUUUAACGUGGUCUUGGAGGGAGCUUGCAAGCGAGAGCGAUUGAGAGGAGCUGCCGAUAUCCUGCGGUACAUGACGAGCGUGGCGAUGGUUUCUCCGGACGUUUUGAGCUACAGGAUCGUGAUCGAGGCUUUUGGUGCUGGGCAUUGGAUCCAGCAAGUGGAAACUUGUUUCCGGGACAUGGUGGAGCGUGGUAUCGAGCCGGACGCUGCGAUUUACGAGGCUUUGGUGGAUGCUUAUAGCGGAGUUUACAGGCAGGAGGAAGGAUGCAAGGCUUUUAGCUCGAUGCUCGAGCGCGGUUGGAGGCCGAGCUCUGACGCUUACUCGGUUCUUUUGCGGUGCUGCCUCAAGAACUGGGAUGGAGUUUCCGCCUACAAGCUCUUCCGAGAGAUGGAAGGCGUUGGCUACGAGCUGACGGGAACUCUUUACCAGGAGAUGAUCCAUGGCUUUGUCAACUCGAGGAUGUUUAGCGAGGCACGGGCUCUCACCAAGGAGAUGGUCUCGAAAGGAUUUAAGCCAUCUCCCAGCGGCUAUUCGGCUCUCAUCCUGGCAUUUGCCAGCCCGGCACGGGUGAACGAAUCAUGGGAAGUUUUCCAGGAGCUUCUCCAGCAAUGUGGGAACGUCCUUGACCGGGAAACUUACUCGGCGUUUGUGACGAAGCUGGCAAAAAUGGAUCGAGCAGCCGAGGCAGUGAGGGCCUACGAGGGAAUGACUGAGUCGUGCGAUCGCAGGCCGGAUGAGAAAACGCUCCAGGAACUGGUGGGAUGCUUGUGUAGAACUGGCAGCGUGGAUCUAGCGCAGUGGCUGAUCAACCAAGUCGUGCACGACUUCAAGAACAUCGUUCCCAGCGUGGAGACUUUCAACAUGGUGCUAUCCGAGUACUGCUGCUUUGGGCCGAGCUACGGCAAUCUGAGGUCCCUUGAGAUAAAAAAGGCGAUGGAGCUGCUGGACGAGAUGGUGAAGCUGGGAAGGCGGCCGACUGUCAACUCUUUCCAGAUCGCCGUGCAUGGGCUUUGCAAGGCGGGGCGAGCUCUCGACGCGUACAAGCUCUUCCUCACUAUCCGGGACUUCGAUCUAGCUCCUGACGCUGCGACGAGCAAGACGGUGAUCAUGGGGCUGUGUAGCAUCGGCAGGAUUGUGGAAGCCGAGCUUGUGUUUGAUCAUCUUUUAUCGGAUCGAAGGGAGGUCAAGGAGAGCAGCUUGGUGGUGUCCCAGGUUUAUAAGGUGAUUGUGGAUGCCAGUGUUGGAUACGAGGAGCUGGUUCUCAUGGGAUCGUACCGGACCUUCGUUUCGUACCGCAAUGGGCUUAGAGUUCAGCUCCAAAUUCAGGAAUCUCCUGCUAGAGAUGUUGUAGAAGAAGCAGAGACCGAGUCAGAAGAGGAAGAGCCAGAUGCUGCGGCACUGCAGCAUAUGGCUUAG